AUGAAUACCGAGCUACAAGGAGAGAAGUGGACUCGCCGGGCUCGAAAGUGCAAGAAUUGGUGUAUCGGCUUGCGGUGGCGUCUCUCGCGGGGCUUGUUCGCAGUUCCAAUACCGCUUUUGACGCCGUAUCUCGGCUUCAAAGUGUGCGACGUUCUGAUCGCGCUGCCGUUUAUCGCUACGCUUUUCGGAUUUUCCACAAGAUCGGCUCUCCAGGGGGAUGUACCAGGCUCAGGAUGGCCGCCCACGGUUGGGUUACUCCUCACAUUCUUCUUUGUCGUGCGGAGAAACUCGCUGUUGCUAUCGAUAACCGGCAUUUCGUUCGAGCGAGGGCUGUUUUACCACAAGAUCUCCGCUGUUAGCACCACAUUGCUUGCGGGCCUCCACGGUUGGUCUCAUUAUCGAGCUUCAAAUACUAGUGAGCAAGGAAACAAGCAGGCAAAGGUUGUAACUGGCCUUGUAUCUUUUGGUGGGAUGGUGCUGCUGCUUGUGCUCUCUCUCAACUCAAUUAGGAGACGUUUCUUUGAUUUUUUCGUCCGAGCGCAUUGGAUUCUCUUCAUUAUUGUGAUAGUGUACGCUGUUGCACACGGCGCGACGCUAGCGCUAUUUGGAAUCGUGCCGUGGAUGAUCGAUGUGGUCUACAGAAUCGUAUUUCAAGUCAGAAUGUACUCGCAUGGAUCUUCAGAUAGCUCCCAAGGCAAUUUCAAGCAACUUCCACGUGGUGUAACCUCCCAAGGUCAAGUGACAAUGGUGAGACUUGGAGAUAACAUGCUACGCAUCCAGUUUCGCCGUGAACGAGUGGAUACGGAAGAAAUUUUCGAGUACAAGGCCGGUCAGUACGUGUUCGUAUGCGUACCAGAGAUCUCGUUGCUGGAGUGGCAUCCAUUCUCGAUCUCUUCGUCUCCAGCCGAAGCCACAGUCACGCUUCACGUCAAAGUGGUCGGUGAUUGGACCCAACGGCUACGCAAACUUACCCAUGAUGCCGAAAUUGGCGAACGAGUACCCGUAAAUCUCCUGGCCGAAGGUCCGUAUGGUGGCGUCUCCGUCGACAUCUACCGUCCGCAGACAUACUCCCAUUUCGUGCUCCUGUCCGAAGGCAUUGGCGUCUUCCCCUUGCGGUCCGUCGUGACAUGGCUCCACCACGAACAAGCCUCGCGAAACCGCGAAUCAAUCGAUCGUGUGCACCUCGUUUGGUCCGUAUACACCCACACCGAGCUCAAGACGCUCCUUGCCGUUGAAAACCUUUCGGAAAAUGACCCCGACAACUUUUUCGUCGCCGCCAAUCCGCAUCAAAAGCCAAGUUUCCACAACGAAAUCGCAGAUGUCUUCACAUUCGACUUCCACGUGGCUGAACGGAACCCUGACACUGACUGUCCAGUAGAAGCGGACAACUUCGUCCACUUCGGAUCCCAGCCUAACUAUGUCCAGAUCCUUCAAGACAUCGGCACUGACUGCAAGCGGAACUCCGUCCAUCGAGUCGCCGUUCUACUCUGCACCUCCAGCCACACCUCAACCGACAUAGUGUCCACCUGCAUCACUCUAUCCAAGACGCUCCAAGUGUCCUUCGACGUCCACAUUGAGAAUUUUGAUUUUUAG